AUGGAGAUUGGAAGUGUUCUCGACUUUCUUCAAAACAAGACCAUUUUAAUUCUUGGAGCCACCGGUUUUCUUGCCAAAAUUUUUCUGGAGAAGAUAUUGAGGGCUCAACCCGAUGUUAAGAAGAUUUUUCUUCUUUUAAGAGCUUCUGAUGCCAAAUCUGCUACUUAUCGCUUGCACAAUGAGAUCAUAGCGAAGGACUUGUUCAUCGUGCUAAAGGAAAAACUGGGUGCAAAUUUUAAGUCCUUUAUUUCUGAAAAAGUGACUCUUGUGCCGGGGGACAUUUCCUAUGAGGAUUUGGGGUUGAAGGAUUCCAUUCUGAGGGAAGAGAUUUGCAAUCAGACAGAUGUUAUUGUCAAUUUGGCUGCAACUACGAACUUUGAUGAAAGGUACGAUAUAGCGUUGGGUCUAAACACCUUUGGGGUCAAGCAUGUCAUGAACUUCGCUAAACAAUGCACUAAACUGAUAGUUCUUCUUCAUGUAUCAACAGCUUAUGUAUGUGGUGAGAGAGGUGGACUCAUACUAGAGGACCCUUAUCACUUUGGUGAGACACUGAAUGGAGAGUCUGGCCUAGACAUCGAUGCAGAAAGGACAAUAGUGUGUAACAAAUUGGAUGAACUUCGAGAACAAGGGGCCACAGAACGUGAAGUUAAAAUUGCCAUGAAGAAUCUGGGUCUUAGCAGGGCAAAGGUUUAUGGAUGGCCAAACACAUACGUAUUUACGAAGGCAGUGGGAGAAAUGUUUGUGGAAAAACUCAAAGGAAACCUAUCUGUUGUUAUUAUUCGUCCUGCCAUUGUUACAAGCACACUCAAAGAACCUUUUCCUGGUUGGGCUGAGGGUGUCAGAACCAUUGACAGUUUAGCUGUUACUUAUGGACAAGGAAAGUUAACAUGCUUCCUUGGAGAUAUCAAUGGAGUUGUGGAUGUGGUCCCAGCUGACAUGGUGGUGAAUGCAAUGCUAGUGGCCAUGGUGGCUCAUGCAAAGCAACCAUGUGAUAUUGUUUACCAUGUGGGUUCCUCUUUUAGAAAUCCAAUCACAUACUCAAAUCUCCAAGACUUUGGAUUAAAAUAUUUCACGGCAAAACCAUGGAUAAAAAAGGAUGGAACACCUGUCAAAGUUGGCAGAGUAACUGUGUUGACCGACAUGGAUAGCUUCCAGAGAUAUAUGUUCAUUCGCUACCUCCUUCCAUUAAAGGGACUUGAGCUGGUCAAUACUGCACUUUGCCAGUAUUUUCGAGGAACCUAUCUUGAACUCCACAGGAAGAUCCAAGUUGUGAUGCGGAUGGUUGAGCUUUACAGACCCUACAUGUUCUUCGAUGGCAUAUUUGAUGAUAUGAACACAGAGAAGUUGCGAAUGGCAGCAAAACAAAGUGGAACAGAGACAGAUUUGUUUUACUUUGAUACAAAAGAAGUUAAUUGGGAGGAUUACUUUAUGAAGACCCAUCUUCCUGGCAUUGUCAAGUACAUUUUUAAGUGA